GCUAUAUCCUUGGCAAUGACCUUCUCAUGGGCUUCGCAGCCGUGGUUGUUUCGGCUCGGUUCUACUGUCGGAUGCGCAUGGGAUCGAAGCGAGGACUAUGGUGGGAUGACUUGUUCAUACUAUUCGCAUUCGGCCAUUAUGGAUGGGAUCGACAUAUCUGGAACAUUCCUCUAGACGUACUAUCAAAGUCCGUCAAAGCAUAUACGGCAGCAAAGAUACUGUUCAUUGUGAGCAGUACGUGCGUACGAACAGCGCUAUUGCUGUUCUACCUGUGGCUCAUCAAAGACCUCGCCGAAAAAAGUCUCAGACGAAUCAUCUAUGUGGUGAUGGGCUUGAAUGCUGCUCUAUGCCUCGUCGGCAUUUUUGUUUCGAUAUUCCGAUGCAGUCCCAUAUCCGCAGCUUGGACGCCCAACGCCUCGGGUGCACACUGUUUCAGUGAGGGUGUCGCGGUCACCACAAUUGGAGCAUUACUGUCCGUGAUGGACUUUGUAGUAAACAUUCUACCACUCCCAAUUGUUGCACGCUUGAACGUAGCGUUCAAACAGAGAUUCGCGGCAACAGUGCUCCUUUCUCUGGGCACUAUUGCAACAGCUGCUGGCAUUGUCAGAGAGGUGUACGUAUAUCGUGCCUUCAUCGGUACCAAGGACUCGACAUGGGGUGCACUGCCUCUAUGGAUCUGCGCAGAUGUUGAGAUCUAUCUAUGUGCCUGCGUCCCCUCACUCCGUCCUCUUUGGACACAAUUGACUUCUUGGUUCUCGUCUAAGAAAGAUCGUUAUAUGCCAUCCAACAACCCGUCCCACCACUCCGCUGGAGACUGUAUGCCUCCCUCCAUGUCCUGGGACGAAUUCGACAAGGACGUCAUUUUCGACGGCACCUCCUCAUUCCACUCUGCAUCGAGGAUGUUCAAUGGCAAGAAGAAGAGCCACACCACAAGCAUCGCGACCCUCAUCGGGAAACCUCCUUCUCAAGCCGACUCCUUUUGCUUGACGAGUAACAACUCCGACUGGGAAAACGUCGCAUUGAGAGACUUGGAAUGUGGCCGACCCAAAGAAGUCCACGUCAGGACGUCUGUGAGACUACAACUGCAGUCGUUC